CAAAGCUUUGGGCAGAUGGGAACAUCAGUCAAGCCUCAUGAAUCCAAUCGCGUCAGUCAGAACCCAAAAAAAAAUUUACAAAACAAAAUCACGAAACGAAACAAAAUCCAUUUCGUGAUUUUCCAGAAUUUCCAACCUCUAAGAACCAAAUCUAAAAAAAAGAAGAGAAAGAACUAAAACUAGCUUUUGUUUAUCUUUUCGAGCACGACAACUUGUUGGGUUCAUAAUCUCCGAAUCUCGUGGGUACCCAUGAAUCAAAACAAUCACAAAGUUUCUUCUGUUUUUUUUUUUUUUUUUUGGUUGGAUAAAAAGGACUACUUUCUUUAAUAUUAAUGUUUUUUUUUCUAUUUCUUUUUUUUCCUCGGUUUGCUUUGUUUUGUUUUUCUUCCGGUUUUGUUUCGUUUCCUUCUGGGAUUGUCAAAAGAUGUUAAUUUUAAUCCAUCCGCUCCUACACUUUCUCUUUUCUUUGUUUCGAUGUUUUGUUUUGUUUGACCUGGUUGAGUUGGGUCUAUUUGUGACAGCAGGAAAACUGACACCCUCUUUAACAAAUACGAAUUUAAUUUAAUUUAAUUUUAUUCUCUCUCUGUUGAUUUUGCGGUGGGAGGGGAUUUUUAUUAGAGAGAUGUCCUUUCCGGUUUUGUGUGAUUUUUAAGAAGCCUAGGGUUUCUAUCUUACUUUACUCUUCUCUUACGACCUGGGUUUCGAUUUUGGGAGCUAAAUACCUGGUUCUUCUCUGUUACGUCGUCGUUUUUCUUCUUGAUUUCCUCAUCUGAGUUAUAGUUUUCUCUUGAUUUCCUCAUCUGAGUUAUAGUUUUCUCUUGAUUUCCCCAUCUGGGCCUUUGAUUUUUCUUUGUUUUCUCAUCUAGCUCUGUAAUUUUUCCUGUUCUGUCAUCUAGGUCUGUGAAUUUUUCCUGGUUCUCUCAUCUUCUCGGUUGUUUUGUCGACUUGGAUGAGAUUUCAGGUCUGAUUUGAGUGUUCUGGCGGGGUUUUCGUUCCUCCUUGUGCGUAUUCUUCCAGGGAAAAGAUUGUUUUAGGAUUAUCGACCUUGCCCGGUGGGGGUGGUUCUGAGAGAUGUUAUGCUUGGAAGGAUUGUGGCGGAUUUAGAGGUUUGGUUUGUUUGCUUGGUGGAAAUUGGGUUUUAUUUCGGGAGAAGCUUUUGAGGCUGGUCUUCUUUUAUUAUGGUGUAGUAAUGCGUCAGGGGUUUUGAUUUGGGACAGUUUUCUAGUUGCCAGGUCCGUGUUUGCAGCAAAUUUAAGCAAUUUUGUGGCGGAAGAAGUUCAUACCUUCUCUCUUUUCUGCUUCAUUUGAUUAUUUGGGUGGAGUGUUGAUUGUGAUGUAUGAAUGAUGUUUCAUGCUCAAGGUGCUUCAAAACAUACUUGUAGUCUCCUCGCAGUGUUCUGUGGAAAAAAUCCUGAUUAUAAACAGGAUAUCUCAGAUGAUCGACCAAGAUAUCCUUUUCCAGAGUUUGUUUCAGUGGGGCGUUUAGAGGUUCACACUCUAACUAAUCCAACUACAGAUGAGUUUCGGCGAGUUUUGGAGUCAUCAGAGCCAAAUUUUGUUUACUUGCAAGGAGAAAAGCUCUCAAAUGAGGAAGAAAUAGGUUCUCUGGUGUGGGGAGGUGUUGACUUGUCCAGUGCUGAAGUCUUGUGUGGACUAUUUGGUACUACAUUACCCACCACUGUUUAUCUGGAAGUCCCAAAUGGUGAAAAAUUGGCAGAGGCUCUUCAUUCUAAGGGAGUCCCUUAUGUGAUAUAUUGGAAGAAUACAUUUUCUAGUUAUGCAGCAUGCCAUUUUCGACAGGCAUUGCUAUCAGUGGUACAGAGUUCAUGUAGCCAUACAUGGGAUGCAUUCCAACUUGCCCAUGCAUCGUUUAGGCUCUAUUGUGUACGAAACAACCAUGUCUUGCCAACCAACAGCCACAAGGUUAGUAGUAAGGUGGGGCCACGCCUACUAGGUGAACCCCCAAAGAUUAAUAUUGCUCCACCUGAGAAGGAGGCUGAGGAAGAAGAUGAAGAAGGUUCAUCCGGCUCUCUCCCAGCGAUAAAAAUAUAUGAUGAUGAUGUGAACAUGAGGUUUCUUGUUUGUGGAGUGCCAUGCACAUUGGAUGCAUUCUUGUUGGGAUCUUUGGAAGAUGGCUUAAAUGCCAUCUUAAGCAUUGAAAUACGUGGGAGUAAGCUUCAUAAUCGUGUUAGUGCUCCGCCGCCUCCUCUUCAGGCAGGGACAUUUUCCCGUGGUGUUGUAACUAUGCGUUGUGAUUUAUCUACUUGUAGUUCAGCCCACAUUUCUCUUUUAGUGUCUGGUAGUGCACAGACUUGUUUUGAUGACCAGCUUCUGGAGAAUCAUAUAAAAAAUGAACUUAUUGAGAAGAGCCAGCUAGUCCAUGCAUUGCCCAGCUGUGAGGAAAACAAACAACCACUGUCAGAGCCUCGAAAAUCAGCUUCAAUAGCUUGUGGGGCCACUGUAUUUGAAGUUUGCAUGAAGGUCCCAACAUGGGCUUCACAGGUACUGAGGCAGUUAGCACCAGAAGUUUCUUACCGUAGUUUGGUGACACUUGGCAUUGCUAGCAUUCAGGGAUCAUCAGUUGCUUCUUUUGAGAAAGAUGAUGCUGAACGCCUCCUUUUCUUCUGUACUAGGAAGGGGAAGGAUAUUGUUCCAAACAACACCAUGGUCAAUCCUCCUAUCUGGUUAAGACCACCUGCUCCUAGCCGAAAGAGAUCUGAGCCAUUUCAAGAUAUUAAAUAUACAUGCAGUAGUGACAUGGUGGGGGAAAAUGGCAAUUCUGUCAGGCAAGUAGAUCAAGAUGGCAAUAAGGAAAUUAAAUCAAUAGAUGAGCCUACCAUGCCCUUAAUACCCUUAAGACAGAAAGUAAAAGUUGCUGCUAUGAGGCCUAUCCCUCAUACUCGUCAGCAAAAGAUGCUUCCCUUUUCAGGUGUUGCUGAUGCAGAUGGACAUGAUGGAGGCCAGGCAAAGGCCAACUUACCAAUCAUCCCUUCAACAAAGCMAAGUAUUGUGCCAACACCUAUCAUACAUCGAAAAUCAAUGUCAAGCUCCUUUCAAGCUCAGCAGAUUAUUUCUUUGAACCCCCUGCCUUUGAAGAAACAUGGUUGUGGCAGAUCUCCCAUCCAGGUUUGCUCUGAGGAGGAAUUUCUGAGGGAUGUGAUGCAGUUUCUAAUCCUUAGAGGGCAUAGCCGUCUUGUCCCUCAAGGUGGAUUAGCUGAAUUCCCUGAUGCCAUACUAAAUGCAAAGCGUCUUGACCUCUACAAUUUGUAUAGGGAGGUGGUUUCUAGGGGAGGCUUUCAUGUUGGGAAUGGCAUUAACUGGAAAGGCCAGGUUUUCUCAAAGAUGCGAAAUCACACAAUGACCAACAGAAUGACUGGUGUUGGGAACACUCUAAAAAGACAUUAUGAAACUUACCUUCUAGAGUAUGAAUUGGCCCAUGAUGAUGUGGAUGGUGAAUGCUGCUUGUUAUGUCACAGUAGCGCAGCAGGCGAUUGGGUAAAUUGUGGAAUAUGUGGUGAGUGGGCGCAUUUUGGCUGUGAUAGACGGCAGGGCCUUGGUGCCUUUAAGGACUACGCAAAAACGGAUGGGUUGGAGUACAUUUGUCCUCACUGCAGCAUAUCGAAUUUCAAGAGGAAAUCACUGAAAACUGCUAAUGGGUUUUCAAAGGCGUUGACAGCUUCAUAGCCCGUUAAUCCCGUUUCCCUCUUUUUAUGUGUUUCUCCAAUCUCCACCCAUCCCCUUCGUGGCUCUUCUUUCUUGAUCCUAGAAAGCAAUCAAAAAAAGGCCACAGAAGGGUGGGUUUAUAUCAUCAUUGUUUCCCCAUAAUUGUUCCAUAAAUAGCAGUUUAAGCAAAAAAAAAAUAGUCCCAAUUUUCAUGUGACAUAGUUAGAAGAGAUGACAGUGUUCAAAGAAAGAAAAUGUAUUAUACCUUUUUUCUUUUAUUUAAUUCUGUUGGAGGUAGUAGUUUGUUGGCAAUGGAGGAUUAGUCUAUUUCUAUUUUCUACYGAGUGAAGGUUCGGUUUUCUCA